GUUCAGAAUCCAUUGUUUUUCAAGUGUCAGCUAGGACCUUUGAGAUUGGGAGUUUGAUUGCUUGCGCUUUAACUGAAUGUGCAAUGUUUAAUGGCAAUGGAACCUAUCAGCUUUUUCUUAUCCCUACUUGUGCAUCCACUGCUUGUUGAAGUGUUGGCCAUGAACAUAAUGCCAGCAUAGGAUUUUGAUUUCCACCACUGCCUGUUGAUUCCUACUACUAGAGAGACAAAUUAUACUAAGGUCCGUACUGUGUUUGUUUCACUCUUUUCCAGAAUAAGGUUUCCUUCUAGCACCAUAUAAAGAAGUAUGGUCCCUAUAAGGACAAUCUAACUCUGGAGAAUACUUUUCUGUUUCCAAGCAUCAAUGUUCCAACUAUCAUUUGGUUUGAGAAUUCACAAGAACAUUUUGUGUGGUGAUCGGGUGGAGAUAUACGACCGAUGCUAUGAGAGCCCCCUCUCUGCUGAUCCAGGGCGCAGGAGGCCAGGAGCUGGCAAUGACUGCGGGUGUUCUUGCUGAUAUAAUCUACCUGCAAGACCUGUUGCAGAAGGCCAUCUUGUUAGCAGCAGAGAGUUUGACGCUGUUGUAGAUCCUAUGAAUUUUUUUUUUUGCUCAUUCAGCUGCAGACUAUGCGUGCGAAUUGGAAAACUGAGACAUGCGACGUUGGAAACGAUUUUGAGACUUGACUUCUUUUAAGAGAAAGAAUUCUGCAGACUAUCCGCAGCAGCAGUGGUCUCGCCGUCGGCGGCGGCCGGUGUACGGGACGGAUCUCGUUGGGCCUCGUGGGAACAGAGCCCGCCCCGUGAAGGUCUGGCAGGUGGGCCCUAACCCUCCCAUGGCCGUUGCCCUUCUUCGGAGAGAGAUAAAAUUCGAAAUGCUCUGUUGCUCUUGUCUUGUCGGCCGGCCGCCACUCGAAUCGAAUCGGAGGCAUGGCCGCCGCACACGGAGAGCAGGAGAAGGAGCUCCUCUCGUCGGUGGUGGCCGACAUCCGGAGCUACUCAGGAUCCGACCCCCUCCGCCCAUGGCUCCGGGGGGUGCGGAAGAUGGAGCGGGCGCUGCCGCCGGCGUCGCUGCGGGAGAAGCUGCCCAGGUUCCUCCAGAAGUGCGCCCAGGAGUUCCAGGACGACGUACGCUACCGCGACGAUCCCCGCUACCUCCGCGUCUGGAUCCAGCUGAUGGACUAUGUGGCGGAUGCGAAGCCAUUGCUCAAGAAGAUGGAGAGGAAUGGAAUUGGCCUUAAGAGAGCUUCAUUUUAUAUGGCUUAUGCACUGUAUUAUGAGAAGCACAAGAGGUUCAGUGAUGCAGAGAAGAUGUACAAUCUGGGGAUCCAGAACCUGGCAGAGCCUAUCGGUGAGUUGCACAAAGCACAUGAACAGUUUAUUCUUCGAAUGGAAUCAUACAAGAGGAGGAAAGAUAAACUGCAGGAAAGAAUGCCUAGGAAAGCUGAUUCAAGUGCUAAAAUGCCUACGAAAGCUGGGCCUAGUGCCACAUCGACGAAGCAAGUUGAAGGUGAAAGCAGAAACAGUACACAACCGAAAUCCAAAACAACUCAGAAGUCAGGGAGCAGCUCCACUACAUUAGGUUGUCAUCCUCCAUUAGGGCCGGCUAAAGUUGGUAUGCUAUCCAGAGGCAACUCUGGAGCAAACUACAAUUUGUCCCGUUGUAAUAGCGAUGAUACUGUAGUUGUAAGGUUUGUAGGCUCUGCAUUGGUUGGGAAGUCGGAAACUGAAGAUGCCUGCCAUCAUGGCCUAGUAGAACCAACUAUAAACACUAAGGAGGCUAUGGAUGCCAUCAAUAGCAUGUUUUUGGAGCCAGUGGAACCUGAGACAACGCUCAAGAGACACUCAAAUCGUGAAAAGACAAAUUCUAAUCAGCAAACAAGUGCAUUUGAUAUCUUUGUUGAUGAAGAUGAGCCUAACCAUAAUAAUCCAAAGAUGGUCCACAGCAAUAGCAUGAAGCAAGAGCAUCCAAAGUUUGGACAGCAAACAAGAGGUUUUGAGAUCUUUAUUGAUGAAGAUAGUCCUAAUGGCAAUGACCAAAAUGCGGGGCACUACAAGAACUCUAAGAAGGAAAACAUGAAGUCAAAUCAGGAAACAAGUGGGUUUCAAAUCUUUGUUGAUGAAAAUGAGGCUAACUGCAAUGUACAGAAUGCCAUGUGCCACAAGAAGAAUAGAUGUCCUCCAAGACCAUUGCAUGAUUCAUCUAGGCAUAAAGGCCAAAAUGACUUUCAGAAGCCAUUUGUUGGAGGAUUUGCAAUAUUGCCAGAUGAUGAAGAAGAACAAUGUGAGAAAAGUGAUGAUGGUGUCAAGUCAAACUCCAGAACCGUGCAGCCUGCCUGUGAUAAUAAUACUUUGCUCUGUCCGGUUCAAGCUGAUUCAGGAACACUGUAUCAUGAACGUCCUCAUCCUGCGAGUUCUGGGCUUCAAGAGGACAUGGUCAUUCAUAGGUUUGUUGGAUCCACUACUGAUGAUGAGGCUAAGGUAGAAAAUGCAUGCCACCAUGGAUUAGUCGAUCCAACUGUCAAUCUAAAGGAGGCUAUGGAUGAUAUAAACAACAUGUUUGGGAGACCACUAAACUUCAAGGGUGAGAGAACAAUGAAAAAAGCCAACACACUGUCAGAUAGAAAAGCAGCUCCAGUUUCCGGUUUCUCCAUAUUAGCUGAUGAUGACCUAAAAGAGAACACCUGCAAAGCCAAUCAGAGCAAUUCCUGCAAAUUUGGGGAUGAGAAUGGUCUAUUUGAGCCCACAAUCACCACUCGUGAUGUCAUGGCGGAGAUCAACGAUAUGUUUGGGAUGCCACUAGACUUCUAAGACAUUUGUUCAGAGUGAACUGAAUAACUCAACUGACAGUCAGACAAAUGCCUUCGCCUUUUUGCUCUUCCCUUGAGAAAUAUGCAGUGUAU